AUGCACUUCACUCUCUCCUCUCUCCUUUGGCCAAUCUUGGUCCUGUCUAAUAUUCUUGCCACGGCAUCUCCCGCAUCCGAGGCCAUGAGCGCUCCUUUGCCGUACAAGGUCCAAAAACCUCCUCUGGAUACCGACUGGACCUUCAAGGUGGGAACGAACGCUUGGCCCGAAUAUCCGCGCCCACUGCUUCGUCGAGAUGAUUGGAAGAGCCUCAAUGGGAUCUGGACAUACGAAGGGGCUACUGCCACCACGUCCGCCUCGGAUGCGUUCAGAAGCGGACUUCUUGGUCGCGAGGUUCUCAUCCCGUCCUGUAUCGAGAGUGCCUUGUCUGGCAUACAAGAACUUGACGUGACGAACAUGCGGUUUGCGAGGAACUUUGCCGUCCCGGCUUCGUGGGCAGGAAAGACUAUACUCCUCAACUUCGAAGCCGUCGACUACGAAACGAUCGUGUUCGUGAAUGGUGUCAAGGUUGGUCACCACAUCGGAGGUUACUUCCGCUUCAGCGUCGACGUUUCAAAACACGUGUCUCCUCGUCAAGACAACCACCUAUUGGUGCUUGUCUACGACCCCACAGACUUAGAGGUGAUUCCGUCUGUUUGGAUGGAGGCUGUCUCCUCAAACUACAUCACCCAGCUCGACGUCUCCGCGGCAGCAGACGGCUCAGUCGCUUUGACAGCUCAUAGUUCAGGAAAGAAUGGAGCAAAAGUCAAGUAUUCGAUCAUCGACAAGGAUGGUCUUGAAGUUCUUAGUCAGUCCGGGUAUUCUGAUACCGAGCUCAAGACCAUGGUCGACUCGCCCAAGUUGUGGUCACCAUCGUCACCAACAUUGUACAACAUAACCGCGAGCAUGGACGAUGAUCAUGUGCACAGCUAUGCUGGUUUCCGAACAAUCUCGGCUGGUCUUGUUCAUGGUAUUCAGCGGCCGCUGCUCAACGGCAAAUUUCACCUCAUGAUCGGCACCCUUGAUCAGGGCUUCUGGCCCGAUGGAGUGUAUACACCACCAAGUCGAGAGGCCAUGGUAUAUGACUUGGCGAUUCUCAAAAGCCUGGGUUUCAACAUGGUUCGGAAGCAUAUCAAAGUCGAGCCCGAUCUAUUCUACCAAGCGUGCGAUGAGAUUGGAUUGAUGGUGUUUCAAGACAUGCCAAGUCUCCCCGACGACGCAAGUCGGCUCCCAAAUCCCACGCAGCAGCAGGAAUUCCAGCGACAGCUGGAGAUGCUCAUCAACGAGCACAAAGGCUAUCCCUCCAUCGUCAUCUACAACGAAGGGUGGGGACAGCUCCGAACGGCGCCAUGGCCUGAAGAACAGCUGGUAGAUGUCGUUCGAAAACUUGACCCAACUAGGCUGGUUGACGCUGUCACAGGCUGGCAUGACCAUGGCUUUGGCGAUUACUCGGUGAGUGUUCCUGGCCACGAUGGCUGGUUGCAGGAUAUUGUAUGGAUAGAGACCUUAUCACCUCCCGUCAAGGACAACCACCAUUACGCAAACCCUCAAUGCGGUGCACCGUUUUACUCGCUCGCCUCCUCCCCGUAUGAUUCCAAUCGAAUCGGCUUCCAAGGGGAGUUUGGGGGGGUUGGUCAUAACGUCUCUGCCAAGCAUCUCUGGAAGGUCCAACAAGCCGUGGAUACGAUUAACCAAACGUAUGAGCUCAACGCGGACCUGGAAGCGUACAACUACCGGGCAAGCGUAAUUUUCAGAGAGCUUCGCGAGCAGAUUGAAAAGUACGCAUGUAGCGGUGGCGUGUGGACGCAAACGACCGACGUUGAGGGCGAGGUCAAUGGCCUCCUGACCUACGACCGUCGUCUUUUACGGCCGAACACUGAGCAGUGGCGACGGGACAUUCAGAAAUUGUAUGAUGCUGCUCGCCAAAGAGGUGGUGUUUAG